AUGCAUAAGAUGCUUUUUGAGAGUGAUGUGGCAUGUGUUGAUAAUUAUCGAAUGGAUUUGAGGUCUUUCCAUAAGCUGUGUAUGUUACUAGCAAUACAUAGUGGACUCAAGCCCACAAAGAACAUGGAAGUUGAAGAACUAGUGGCCAUGUUCUUACACAUUAUUGCACAUGAUGAGAGGGUUAGGAAUUGCCUUGGGGCACUUGAUGGAACUUAUAUCCGGGUCAAAGUAGAUGUUGCUGACAUGAUUAGAUAUAGAUCUCACAAGGGAGACAUUGCCACAAAUGUCUUAGGCAUAUGUACAAGAACUAUGAAGUUUGUGUAUGUCUUAUCUAGGUGGGAGGGCUCUGCAACUGAUUUCAGAGUCUUAAGACAUGUAAUUUCAAAACCAAAUCGGUUAAUAAUUCCUCAAGGUUACUAUUACUUGUGCGAUGCUGGUUACAAAAAUGCAGAAGGCUUUUUGACCCCGUAUAAAGGUCAGAGAAUUAUCAAUGCUUGUGCCCUUCUCCAUAACUUCAUUCGACAAGAGCUGUCUAUGGACCUAAUAGAGGUAGAGGUAGCUGAGGAUGUAGGUGGCACCCAAGAAACAGAACUUGAUCUUGGUGAAACGAUUACAUAUGUGGAGAUGACUAAUGCAUGA